UUGGACAACCGUUUCCUCUCCUCCAAGCCAAACUACCGGACGCUCUCCCCUCCCCAGCCUCGUCGCCCGCACCGCGAAGCAAUGGCGACGGCGUCGGUGCACCUCGGACGCUACGUCCUCCUCGCCGGCGUCGGUUUCGCCGCCCCCAUCGUCCUCGGCAACGGCCGCGCCGCCCGCUUCUCCGACAUCCUCAAGGACUUCCAGGAGUUUCUGCGCGAGAAAGGAGUAGACGGCAGCGCCGCCGAAGAAAAUGCCGCGCUCAGCCUUCAGCUGCAAAUGCUUGCUAGGGAGGUCCGAUAUUUGUCAAUGGCUCAGACUAUUGUUCAUAUCGACCCUGGCAACAAAGUUCUAUCAGCUUUCAUAGCACCUGCUGCAGCUGCUGGGGCGGCAGGCUAUGCCUAUAUGUGGUGGAAAGGCAUCUCAUUUUCUAGCAUAAUGUACGUCACGAAGCAAAAUAUGGCUAAUGCAGUUUCAAGCAUGACAAAGCAUUUGGAACAAGUGCAGAACUCUCUUGCGGCUGCUAAAAGGCACUUGACACAGCGUAUACAAAGGUUGGAUGAUAAAUUGGAUAAGCAAAAGGAGAUGUCUGGACAAAUAAGAGAGGAGGUUGCCGGCGCACGAAUGAAACUCAAGGACAUUGGUGCGGAAAUGGAAAAUCUCAAAAAGUUGGCUUUUAAUAUGGAUGGAAAGUUAGAUUCAAUUCAAGACAAGCAGGAUUGCCAAUUGGCUGGCGUGUCGUAUCUCCUCCAAUUCAUAGAACCAAAUGUUGCGAUGCUGCCGAACCGCCUGGAAGGCUUGCAGCGGCCGGUGGUUACGAGAUCCAUGAAGCAAGGAGAGCUCCCGGGGCUGGAGUUCGGGCUGCGGCUGCUGGCGCUGGAACAAUCUGCGAAAGGACCAGGGCUGGCCCUGCCGCCCGUCAAAUCUGCGUGCUGAUACUUCUACUUCUACUUACGUUGUCAGUCGUGGUGGAGGCCCCGACGAGUUUAUAAAUCCCAGGUUGUACAGACAGGGAAUUCGUAACGUCUGGGAGUUACACUGAAGAAAUACACGACAUGUGGGUAGGGUAGUGUUUUUACUGGUCAUUUUAGACGAACUAGGCCGUGUUAUAUUACUGGUUAACAAUAGUUUCGGGGAGUCCUAACCUUUACAGUUGCUAUUUGUUUCCUUGGUUCGGGCUUGGUGAACUAUGUGGAAGCUUUGCUCGGUGCUCUCACAGUUUUACGCGUCAAUUGACAAAAUUGUUUGCUUUUUUUAGGGUUGA